CACACCUUCACGCGUCACGUCGAUCCGAGCGAUAUGGCCCGUACCAGAUCGAAGAAUACGAUUGCUCAGGCUGUCGAGCUGAAGCAGGAGGCCAUCGACAACACCGCCAGUACCUCGAAGGAGAUCUUGCGCUCAGAUCCCCAACCGUCGCUUACCCACAGUAGACACGAAGAAAAGGGAGUUUGUACAGGCACAGAAGACUGCAGCGGCGAGUACACAGGACCCGAUUUCUUUCUGAAUCCGAAAUCUGCAAGGAAUGAAAAUGCCAAAAGUAGAACACCACCAAAUCAGCCUGUCCCCGAAUCUCCCGAGGGCCAAAUUCAUCGUGAUUCGUCCCCCGAGCCCGAAUUUCCUAAGGUCAGACAAUUACUGACAGGAACACAGGACAUGCCGAACAGCUCUCAGCUUUCCGCUCCGUCGUCUACUCAGCGGCCCAAGCCUACGCCCACGAGAGUUCGCCCAACACCAUCCUCCCAAACAGCCACAUCCUCAACACCGACCACAGGGAAGCGCAAGACGCCACCCGAAGCAGCGAACCAGUCGUCACAGGGGGUCCAAAGCAAUCCUCGCAGUUCGACAAAGCGUUCCCGACAUGAUAGCGCUGGUUUGAGAAAGAGCCGAGAGUUCUGGCAUCUUGACGGUUCCGUCGUUAUACAGAUUCAGAAUACUGUUUUCAAGCUCUAUCGCUCUCAUCUCGCUCGACAAUCGGCUUUCUUUCGCGACUUAUUCGAUCGGGGGCGGGUAAGUGCCGAACCGACAAAUGAUGGAAGUUCAGAUGCAGAGGUCGAGCGAGAGGUCGAGCGUGAAGACGCAAAGCGUGUUCCCUCUCAGUUCGACGCAUGCGAUCAAUAUGUCAUCCGUAUCACAACGGCGGAGGACUUCGAACAACUCUUAGCAUUCUUGGACGACGCUAUCUCCUAUGCAUUUGCUCCACCGCAGUUCGCUAUCUUAGCCUCCGUCAUGCGCGCUUCUACGGCUCUCGAAUUCGUCAAAGCGCGCGAAUGGGCCACCCACGUUCUCACCGAAAUGUGGCCCGACUCCCUCGAUAAGGUUGACGACAAUCGUAUCUCCAACGCCACUGCCUCUAUCCUCCUCGCUCGGCAGUGCAACCUACCUCAAAUCCGUAAGAGAGCAUACUACGAGCUUCUGCGAGCAACUGCGUUUCAACAAGACAUGUUGGACGAUGAAGACGACGGCGCAGUGGAAGGAAUAUCGACGAAGGACCUCUUACGACUUGUGAAUGCUAGGGAGCACCUGGUCAGAGAGUGGAUGACAACAAUUUCGCCUCCACCUUCCUUCGCACCCUGCGCCCCAGUGGCACCAGACCCAACAAAAAAUACUCGAUGCGUCUCCGACGACAAAGACCAUUGUGACUUGCUGUGGCUUGAACUUGUGGGGCCUGAACUCUUUCAAGUCGCCGACUUCCUUCAUGAUCCUAUAAUGGGGCUGCAGUACUUGAUCGGGCUAGAAUGGGAGAGGGAGGGAUUCUGCAAGGAGUGUUCGGAUUUACGUAGAAAUACGUGGCAAAGGCAGAGAGAGAGACUAUGGGCGAACUUAGAUGUGUGGUUAUCGCUGCAAUGA